UUUAAGUACAACAAGGAAAAAAAUGCAACUUCAUGAGAUUGACAAGCAGAUCCCACAAACCAAAAUAAAUUAAUAAAUUCACCCGAAUAAAAGCCAUCUUCUGAAAGAAAAAAAAAAAAAAUUUCACCUCCCUCUUUUCUCUGUGGAUAGAUAGGAUCAUUGGAAUAGAGACAUACAAAGUAGAAUUUUUUUUUUUUUAUAUUUGUUAACUUAAAUUUUUAUUUUUUUCCCUUUUUUUUCGUAGAAAGCUGUAAGUAAAUUGCAAGCUCUUGCCAAGGGGUUAAAGAAGAGAAAGAAAGAGUAAGUUGUCGUAUCCAAAAAAUCAUAUAUGCUGGGUGGUGGUGACAAAAGUGCUAGUGUUCUUGGAAGCAGCAGCGACGGUGGUGCAGGUGGCGACGUCGCUGCUACUGCAACGGUUAGCAGCAGCGGAGCUCGUGAUGGAAGCAGCGGAGCUCGUGAUGGAAGCAGCGAAGCUUUACCUCCAAACGGCUAUAGUAACAAUUCAGGUGAAGAUGAUAGAGGAAGGGUUGAUGAAGGUGACCGUUCUUUUGGAGGCAACCGGUGGCCGAGGCGAGAGACUUUGGCACUUUUGAAAAUAAGGUCCGACAUGGAUGUUACCUUUCGUGACGCUAGCGUUAAGGGUCCAUUAUGGGAAGAGGUUUCCAGGAAACUAGCAGAACUUGGUUAUCAUCGAAGUGCCAAGAAAUGCAAGGAGAAAUUCGAGAACGUUUACAAGUAUCACAAGAGAACCAAAGAUGGCCGAACUGGUAAAGCAGAUGGAAAGACUUAUCGGUUCUUCAAUCAAUUAGAAGCCCUCGAAAAUCAGCCUUCCAUUCAAUCGCCAGCAGCAGCAGCAGCACCACCGCAACUAAAGCCUCAAGCUCAAACGGCAAUGCCAGCACCUAAUCCUCCGAGUCUGCCCCAUAUCACUGUUCCAUCACCAAAUAUAAACCUUACAGACCCUUCCUUCCCAUCGACAAACCCUACAAUUCAACCUCCACUACCAGCAACAAACCCGACAAUUCCUUCUUUCCCAAAUAUUUUCGCAGAUAAUUCCACCUCCUCAUCUACCUCAUCAGAUUUAGAAUUAGAAGGUCGGAGGAAGAGGAAAAGAAAAUGGAAGGAAUUUUUCGUGAGGCUAAUGAAGGAGGUGAUUCAGAAGCAGGAGGAUAUGCAGAAGAAAUUCUUGGAAGCAAUAGAGAAACGUGAGCACGAAAGAAUGGUCCGUGAAGAUGCUUGGAGGAUGCAAGAAAUGUCAAGAAUAAAUAGAGAACGCGAGAUAUUAGCCCAAGAAAGAUCAAUAGCUGCCGCAAAGGAUGCAGCAGUAAUGGCGUUUCUGCAAAAGUUAUCUGAGCAGCAAAAUCCGGGGCAGCCGCAAAAUAAUUCGCUACCGUCACAGCAACCACAAGCUCCUCCACCACAGCGAGUAUCGGUAGAGGCACCAGUAGCGCUGCCAACAGAAGCAGCAGUGCCAGCGCCUGCUCCACCACUUGUGCUGUUGCCAAUGGUGAAUUUAGACGUGUUAAAGACAGAUAAUGGCGAUAAAAGUUACACACCAAGCUCUUCAAGAUGGCCUAAUGUUGAGGUUCAAGCAUUGAUUAAGCUAAGAACUAGCCUUGACGCUAAAUACCAGGAUAGUGGUCCUAAAGGACCAUUAUGGGAGGCGAUGUCAGCUGCAAUGAAAAAGCUUGGGUACAAUCGCAACGCCAAAAGAUGCAAAGAGAAAUGGGAGAACAUAAACAAGUACUUUAAGAAGGUCAAAGAGAGCAACAAGAAAAGGCCCGAGGAUUCAAAAACAUGUCCCUACUUUCACCAACUUGAUGCUUUAUAUAGAGAAAAGAACAAGCAUGACAGCUCCUCCAAUCAAUUAAAACCCGAGAACGCAGUCCCAUUGAUGAUACGCCCAGAGCAGCAAUGGCCCCCUUCUCCUUCGGAGCCCAAUCAACACCAACAUGAUCAUGUAAUGGAAGACAUGGAAAGUGAUCAGAAUCAAGAAGAAGACGACAAGGACGGUGAUGAUGAGGAGGAAGAUGAAGGGGGUAGCUAUGAAAUUGUAGCUAGCAAACCGGUUUCAAUGGGCACAGGUGAGUGAUAUCAGUGUCAGAAGCAAACUAACCAGCACUGUCAAAUUUCAUCGCCCGCAUGUCGGCUGAUAAAUGUUACUUAAGAAUCUAUUCUUUUGAGUUGAUGUUUUAGCAGCUAUCGGCCGGGCAACUAGGUCAGGAACCGGCAAUGGUGCAUUGGAGUGGAGGCAGUUGAAUUGAAAUUUUAUAGGUGAGUACACAUUGGUGGGGUUGUAGCAUAUAGUCAGUGGAAUUUAUAUGUUUAUUUUCAUUGCUAUUAUUUAUUUUUUUGGCUAAAUAAAUAAGUUGAGAGGGAGAGGUAGAUCAGAUAGAGUUUCAGAAUCUAAUUCCACAUAAUAAACAGGGAAAAAAGACUAGCGCUGUAAUUUUUUUUUUUUUUUUUAUUUUUUUUUAUGUUCAUUGUUCGUCUUCGUGGUGGUGUAAAUGUAAGAACUGUUAAU